UUAUUCUUAUGACAAUCAAAGAAAGUGGUCGACUCCUAUUAAAGAUAACGCCUAUCAUCGUAUUAUUUAUACCACAUAUAAAUCAAAUUAUGGUCUUCAUAUGUCCCACCUGUGAUCAAAUUAGGAUCAUAACUUAUAUUUUAUAACUUGGGUCUAGUACUAUCCUUUUUGAGCUGUACUUCAAUUAAAUAAGUCCACAUUUUGGCAUUUCAAGAAAAAGGCAGAACCACAACUAUAAAAACAUCGACACAUUCAACUUCUCAUUAGCAUUCCUAUACAUCAACAUUUUCAUCUUCUCAUUAGCUUUGUUUCAAAGAUGAGCAAAUUAGAGCUGGUAUUUGUGCCUGGCCCGUUCGUCGGUCACCUUGUUUCGACAUGCAAUUUUGCAGAGAAUUUGCUAAAUAGAGAUGAAAGGUUAUGUAUAACAAUUCUGUUCAUAAGGCCACCUCCACCAUGGGAUAACAGGAUAGAUGCCUACAUCAAGCGAAGCUCCUCUUCUUCCGACGGCAGUCGAAUUAGAUAUGUCACACUUCCUCAAGCCGAACCGCCACCUGCAGAAGAGCUAGCCAAGUCUAUUGAGAAGUAUUUCUCUCUAUUAAUAGCAAAUUAUCGACCCCACGUCAAGGAAGCAAUUAUCACCAACAAGUGGCCUGAUUCGAACCCGAAAAUAAUUGGACUAGUCAUUGAUAUGUUUUGUAGUGCAAUGAUUGAUGUAGGAAAUGAACUUAACAUUCCUUCCUAUCUUUUCUUCACUUCUGGUGCAGGUUUUCUUGGUUUCCUGUUUUAUCUGUCUGUUUGGCAUGACCAAGUUGGGAGAGAAUUUAAUCGAUCCGAUGCUGAUUUAAAGAUAGCAUCCUAUGCUCAUCCAGUACCCUCAAAAGUAUUGCCUGAUUUUGCAUCCAGCAAGGAAGGUUACGACUCAUUCCGCGAACAUGGUGUCAGGUUCAAAGAAACCAAAGGAAUUCUCAUCAACACAGUUGCGGAAUUCGAAAGUCAUGCUGUAAAUAAUUUAGCAUCUGAUCCUGAAUUACCUCCAGUUUACACGGUAGGAUUUCUUAAUGACCUUGAGGGACAAAAAGGUAAGGGAAAUUCCAAGUCUGAAGAUGAAGAAAUCAUGAAAUGGCUAGACCAGCAGCCACCUUCAUCUGUUCUUUUUCUGUGCUUUGGAAGCGCGGGUUUUUUUGAGCCACCACAGCUAAUCGAGAUGGCAAUUGCACUCGAACGAAGUGGGGUUAGGUUUUUGUGGUCAAUACGCCGUCCUGUGGAUGCUGAACUUUCAAAAUUUGAGGAGAUAUUGCCGGAAGGGUUCUUGGAGAGGACAAAAGACAGAGGCAUAGUAUGUGGAUGGGCACCCCAAGUCGAUAUCUUGGCUCACGGGGCAACUGGAGCAUUCGUAUCUCAUUGUGGGUGGAAUUCGACUGUAGAGAGUGUAUGGCAUGGAGUUCCAAUUGUGACAUGGCCCCUUUAUGCAGAACAACAUAUCAAUGCGUUUCAAUUGGUGAAUGAUCUUGAGAUAGCAGUAGAGCUGACAUUAGAUUACAGGAUGCGCGAAAGUGAUCAUCGUGAAAAUGUGAAGGCAGAGGAGAUGGAGAAAGCUAUAAGAUGCAUAAUGGACUGCGAAAAUCCCAUGAGGAAGAGAGUCAAAGAUAUGGGAGAGAUUUGCAGGAACGCGUUGAUGGAGGGUGGAUCUUCUUCUAGUUCUCUAGGUCGAUUCGUUGAAACUAUUCUUGAUUCCAAGAGCUGUUCCCAAGGCCUUUGCAAGCAUGGGUUUGGAGGCAUGAUCGGGCAUCACAGUCAUUUCACAAAAAAUCAUGCAUUGCACACUUGUGCUUACAAGCCCCAAGGCUUGGACAUAGAUUCCUUAUGACAAAAAAUUCAAACCUCUUUGUGAUUUGUUUUUAAGUGAAUAAACUUAGCUAUAUAUAAAGGUGAUAAAUAAAGUGGGCCAAACCCACAUGUACAAUUAGUUACAUGUAAGCUAAUGGAAGGAUGUCUAUUUACUUUCUUUGUUUUCCAGUUUGGUUUUGAUAUCUUUUCUUGAAAUUAAAAUUGAUUAGGUGGCAAUACUUGGAUAUGUAUUACAUGCUGUUAACAAGUUGCUAUGGAAAAGUCUACAUAAAUUCUUAAUGUUCCUUCAUAAUUAAGGAGUUG